GUCAAUACCAAUGUAUAUUAUUUUAUUUGCAUACAGACACGCAAAGUAAACGUUACAAGUAAAGAAGUUAUUAAUUAUAAUAUUUUUAGUUAAACAAAAAUGUCUGAAUACAACAAAGUACGUACAGGAAAAUUAAAACUUAAAGGUGAAAAAAUUAAAUCAAAAAAACGUAAACAUAAAAAACAAGACAAUAAAGAUGAAGAAUCCAAUGCUCCUGCAAAUGAUGCCCCUCAACAUGGUGGUUGGUGGAAAGUGAACAGCUUCGCUGAAAUAACUGGAACAGUGGCUAUAGAAUUUGGUAAUCAUACUUAUAUAAAGGCACUGGACAAUGGUUUGUUCACACUGGGUGCUCCACAUGACGAGGGCGAUGGUCCAUCACCAGAAGAAAUCCUCACGGCGUUUCCGGUCAAUGAAAAUAAAAUAGCUCUAAAGUCGGGCUAUGGUAAAUAUAUUGGAAUUGAUAAAAAAGGAGUCGUAAUAGGAAGGAAUGAUGCUGUUGGCGCUAUGGAACAGUGGGAGCCUGUUUUCCAAGAUGGUAAACUCGCUAUUCUAGGUAAUAAUAAUUGUUUCAUGUCUGUAACAGAAGAUGAUGAUGUCAUUUGCAGUAGUAAAACAGCUGGAUCAUCAGAAUACGUUUGUCUGAGAAGUCUGGUCCAGCGAAUAGACGAUCCCAACAAAGGCAUACCUAUUGAAGAACAAGGUUCACUUACUGAAGUUGAAGUCAAUUAUGUGCGCAAAUUUCAAAAAUUCCAAGAUAAAAAGCUAAGGAUAAAUACCGAAGAUAACAGUAAAUUAGCAGCUGCUAAAGCUGAAGGAAUUUUGCACGAAACUUUGCUCGAUAGAAGAAGUAAAAUGAAAGCUGACAGAUACUGCAAAUAGAAUUACAGUAAUAAAUUUUUUUAAAAAUUAACUAAUUGAUUAAUUUAACAAAAAAUACCAAGUUUUUUUUUUUUUACAUUAUUGGCACUUAAUUAUUUUAUUUUACUAAAAAUUGUGAAUUAAUUUUUUUUAAAAAUUAAUUUACUGUUUAAUAAACGAUGACAUAAAAAAAAUAUCCGUAAUUCUUAAUACAAUAAUACGUUGAACUUUUUUUUUUUUUUUUGAAAAUGAAACGCAUCGUAAAAUUAAUUGAGCAAAUUUGAUUUAUGAUUAUUAAUGAGUACUUUAUAUUUUUUUUAUAUUAUAGAUAAAAAAAAUCAGUUCUUGUGAUCAUAUAUAUGCUUAUAAGAAAUGAUUGCAUUUAAAUGUAAUAAUAAAAAUUAGCUAUGAGCUUGUCUUAUAGUAAUUAAUUAAAAUAUCUUAACACGCAUUGAUUAGCAAACUAUUCGUUUAUCUUUUACAUUUUAAAUUUAAACUCAAAUGGGACCAAGAGUAAUUGAACAAUUAAAAGUUACAAUAAAUGAAUACGAGUAAAUUUAUCAAACUAUUUUAUAGUCCACAUUAAUUGGGUCUUUUGUUUAAAAAUUAAAUAUCGGCGGGUAGGCCUUCAGAAUCUGCGCACGUUCACUUCUUAAAUUCUUAAAACUCUAUAUUUUUUCAUUAUAAUUACUCAUUAUUCAUUUAUAUAUGAUCAAUUCCGUGUACUAACGCUAAUUAAAUCGAAUUAUUAUCGAUAAUUACGCCGUUAUUUACAUGAUUGUGCUCAAAAUCGAGCCAUUUAUUAUUUAUCUGUUUCUAUUAUUAGUAUUUUUAUUAUUUAUAUUUAAUUAUUAUUGUCCAUCCAACAUGUGAUAGCAAAAGUUUUUUUUAGUGCGUCAGUUUGAUAUUUUACUGAAAAUUUUGUUGGACGGCCUGCGCUUUUUUUUACAUUUCUACAAGUAGACUCAGUGCAUUUAAUAAAUUAUUACAGGCAGUAAAAAUUAUUUGUUAUAAAAUUUACAUUUAAAAUAUUAUUAAUAAAUAUAUAGUUAUUUAAACAAUCGAAUUUCUAAGCACAACCACAUGUAAAGUACACGGCGACACUUAAAGUCGAUUAAGCUAUGGGCUAUUGCAUUAGAGAACGAAAUUUUUACUUUUUUUUUUACAAUAAUAAUAAUAAUUAUUAAUAUUAUUAUUAUUAUUAUCAAUAAUUAAUUGAUUAAUAUUGUUAUUGUUAA